UAGCGGCGUAGCCCCCUAGGUCCUUAUACCGUGGCCAUACCCCGGCCCUGGCCCACCCCGGCGCCAGGUGUCCCGGGGCCGCUGGAACAAAUGGUGGGAAGGCGGCAGUGAAGGUAAUUGUGGCUCCUUAGUGACCGGGGGUUUGUGCGGUCCAGGGCCUCUGCUCGCCGGCGGUGUUUGAAAAGGGAACGUUACCCAGGAAACCCCUCCCUCGGCCGGGGCAAGGCAACGCACUCAGCGCAGGGUAAAUGCAAUAACUCCAAUGAAGAAGAAACAUACAAGAUAAAAAUGAAACUUGCGGCUCUGUUGCACCUGUUAGCCAACGAUCCCAAAGUGCUUCCUAGAUCUACUAAUGAAGUGAGCCUCCCACUCUGCUCCCCUUUGGAGUAACAGCCCAUUUUACAAAUGGGGAAGGAGAAGCUGCAACUUGCCUCACACAAGCCUGUGGCAAAGUCGGCCAAAAACCGCAAUCUCCUUCCCUCACUAUAUUUGAACCAUCAGAACAUGGUUCCUAGGAGUUCCCCUCUGGCACUAGUGACUUACUCCUGCUUGGUUCGAGUUCAUGUACUGCUUAAACUGGCUUGUCCUUUCACCCAACACAGAUCUUUUUACUGAGGAUCUUAAAGCACUUUAUGAACAAUCAUUAAUCAAGACUUAGCAGCCAUGGAAGGCAGUUUGUCUUCAGGUUUUGCUUCAGCCUGAAACCAGGAUCUACUUACAAGCUCUCUGCUGCUUUUUUCUCUAACUUUUAUAUGAAGUGGAAACAGAUUCAAACUGAAUGGAGUACCAUUUUUGACUUACAGGAUUUAUCAUAACCCUUUCUGUUUAGUAAUGCUCAGAUACAAAAGAAAUUUAAAAAUCCAUCCGAAAUUCAGUGACACCCAAUACAGGCACCAGUGAAUAUGUCAUUCAGUCAAACUAGACCACCAACAUCAGAGUUGGUAGAGCUUCAUGUUUUUUAUGUCCCAGAAGAAGUGUGGAACUUCACAUUAAAUACAGUUUCUGCAGAUCUUACUAGCAAAUUCAUUUCAGCUGGAUUUAUAAGGGUGCCUCGUCAUGUCACAUUGAGAGCACUGCGGGAGCAGCUUGGAGACUUCCUGGGUGAAGAUGCUGUUGCAGAUAAGUUUAUAUUUCUGAAACAUAUAGGGAAAAAGCUAGCAGUGGUGAAGGCAAAGCAAGAAACAGAACUGAAACUCAAGUUAUUUGCUCCCCCACAUGCACUUCAUCCCGAAUUAUAUUUACUCCCUGGAGUGGACCACUUAGAAAUUGCUUAUUCAUCAUCAACAACUCCAGAUAUACAGCACUUUAAUGCAGAAUCCCGUAGGUCUCCCCAUGGACCAAGUACUUUAAACCUUUCAAAGAAAGAGCCUAAAAAAAGUCCAACAUUUCUAGAAAGUCCACAGAAAAAUACUCUCAUGCAGAAUCAAGAAGAUUCUAGUUCUUUAGGAUGGAGUGAGACAGAAAAAGAAAUGAUUUCAGUUUUGCACAUAAAACCUGAACAAAGCCUGAACAACAGGACUCGGGAAAAACAGAUUCCACAUAGAAGGAAAGUCAAUUGUAAUGCAGACCAAAUUGGAUCCAAUGGAUCUCUCCGCAUACCAAGUAGUUUAAAUCCCACAAAGUGGGAGUCUGGAAAAAAUCCUUCAUCUUUGGAAAGUGCUCAGAAAAAUCAUCUAAGCCAGGAUCAGAACGAAUCUAAUACACUUAGGUGGAGUCAAAAAGACAGAGGGACUAUUUCAGGUCAUCAUGUAAAACAGAGCAUUGAACAAGCCAAGAACAAUGAGACUCAGGAAAAUCCCAUUCCCUCUGGAAGAAAAGAAGAAAUCCCUAUAGUGGUGGUUGCAAAUGUGGAAAAUAGAGGCAAUCUAAAAGCUAUCAGGAUGGGAAGAAACACUACAGGGGAUUCCGGAAUUCCAGAAUCAUUGGAAGAUGGAGACAAGGAAUAUUUGCACAAUAAGAAAAGCCCUCAGCAGUCUGGAAUUAGAGAAUCUGUGACUGACGUUGGUAUCAAACAGGAUGAUAAGACAGAUAAGAAUAAUGUAAAUCGUCUUGAGUAUUCAAGUCAAUACAUUUCUCCUCCUCCGCCACCAUCUCUUUCUAUAAACAGAUCUCAAGUUCCCAGAUUUCAGACAGAGAAAAGCAAGAUGGUUGAACAACUGAAACAAAUGAAGGCAGAAAGAAGGCAUAUGGAAAGAACUAGAGAGGAACUGGUUAAAAAAGCCAAAGGUUUGCUUGAACAAAAUAAGCUGAGGAGAUAUCAUGCUCGUGAUGCAUGGAAAAAGAAAUACUUUGAAACUAAGAAAGCUACAGCUUCAUUGGAGGAUAUUUUAAAUAAACUGCGACAAGAUGUAGAGCUUUACUACCAAAAGUUACUGUUGCAGCUAGAAGCCAGAGAUAUCAGGAAACGACCAAACAAUUUAACACACAUUGCAAACGCCAAGAACACCACAAUCAUCCAGAUUACAACAGUGCAGCAUGAAAUUGAUCAACUAAAGAGAAAGCUGGACAAUACAAAAAUGAAACUCAUAAUAGAAAUUAAGAUGAGAAAGCAGGCAGCCUCUGAUUUACGAGCAUUGAGAGCAGAGCUGGCACAGAAGAAAAUUCAGUCAUCUUUAAUACUCCAGUCUGAAACACCAGUAUUUUAGAAGGAUCACAUUACUUGGGAUUGUGUAAUAUAUUUGUACAGAAGCUCAAUAUGUCAGUAUUUGUUUUUAUAUUCCUAUGCUUUUAUUGUAAGAGACUUUUCAAUAUGUAAUAUCAGAUAAUUGUAUAUGUUAAAAAUAGAGAUAUAAUUUAUUUAAAAUGCCCUAAAAUAGCUCAAGCUAAUAAUUGUAACUCAGUUGUAAUUCACUUAUACAACAUGUAGUUUAAUGUAUUAGUGUGUUUAUUUUUGACUAUAAGCUAAUCAAAUGUAAAGAAAUGGCAUUAAAAAAAUUUCAAAUAGUGAAUUAGCAUAACAUGUCAUUUUUAUAUAAUGACGAUCAAUAUGGAAUUGUAAUUUGAAGUAGUAUACCCAGA